UUAAAUUUUGUUAUAUUAAGUUAUAUUGUAAUACCACAAGACCAGCAUUGUAUAAAAAUUGCUAUUAAACUUAGGAAAAUGAUUUUAUCUGCAGUCAUGUUUAACUCAAAAAAAUCUUUAUGUAGCCAUUUAAUAUUUUAUUGUACAAACAAAAUAUGUAGAUCACAUUUAAGAAAGUUUUAUAACUAUCAAACACUUUAUCGAUGUUAUAAAGGGGAAUCAAAAAUUAAUGUACAAUCUGAUACAUUUUGUAAUUUCAAUAUCGAUAAAAAUAAUCUUAGAGAAGUAAAUAACUCUACACAGGAACAGGAAGAACAAGAUACAAAUGUAUCAAAUUUGAAUGGUUUUGCAAUUAGGAAACCAAAGCUUGAACAAGUUCAUCCACAUCCUAAAUAUGCUCUUGACUUAAUCUAUGGAGCUGUAUGUGAUGAAUUCAAUAAGUCAUGUAUAUCAUUUACAUAUUCAGCAAUAAAAGGGAAUAAUAAUAAAAUGAAAUGUACCAUUGAUGUCACAUGGCCUUAUGAAGCAUCCUUUUGCGAUAUAGCAUCAAGCAAAAAGAAAGCUGGACAUAAUGCAGCAUUAAUGUGUUUAGAUUGGCUAUAUAUGAAUGAAAAAAUUAAAGAUUUGAAACCUAUAUUAUAUGAUUAUGAAAGUAUAAAGAGUUUUUAUAAAUCUCAACAAUCUGUUAAUAUCAAUCUUCCACCAGAGUUCGCAAGUAAAAUACAAUCUUUGAUUGAUACUUUUAAUAAUGAAGUAAAAUCUAUAAUAACAAUACCAUGUGCUACUGAAGAAAACAAUUUGAAAAAAGAAUUGGGAGAUAAUCUUUCAUUAGAUGAUGAUUUUGUUAUUUAUUGCUUAAAAAUUUCUUUCAGGGAAAAAAUACUUAAUGCUUUAGAAAAUAACCAGGUUUUGAUAAUUAAAGGAGAAACUGGCUGUGGCAAAAGUACCCAAGUUCCACAGUUCAUACUGGAUGAAUAUAUAAAACAAAAUAAAACACAUGAAUGUAAUAUAGUUGUGUCAGAACCUCGUAGAAUAUCAGCUAUUUCCUUGACUGAACGUGUUGCGUCUGAAAGGGGUGAAAAAAUAGGCAAUAGAAUAGGUUAUCAUGUACGUUUUGUUAAUAAAAUGCCAAGAAUAAGUGGCUCAAUUUCAUAUUGUACAACUGGCAUACUCUUGCAAAAAUUAAAACAUAAUUCUACAUUAAAAGGAGUAUCACACAUAAUUAUAGAUGAAGCUCAUGAAAGAAGUUUACAAAUAGAUAUGUUGCUAAUGUUAUUUAAAGAUAUGUUGGAACGCAAUCCACAUGUAAAACUUAUAGUUAUGUCUGCAAGUAUAAACGUAGAUAUAUUUCAACAAUACUUUUCCGCCACAAUUAUUGAUGUCCCUGGGAAAUUAUUUGAUGUAAAAAUGCAUUUCUUGGAUGAUAUUGAUUUCUUAAAUAAGAACUCAUUAGAUCAGAAUACUCCUAUGAAAAUACAAAUUCCUUUCAAUGACAUAGUGCAUCUAAUACAAUGGAUUAUUAAAAAUAAACCACGUGGAGGUAUUUUAUGUUUUCUUCCAGGUUGGCAAGAAAUUAAGGACUUAUAUAACAUGCUUCAAUAUAAAAUAAAUAAUGUAUUAAUAUUACCACUUCAUUCUAAACUAUCAAAUGAUGACCAGAAAAUGGUUUUUGGACAAGUUCCUCAUUAUAUUACAAGGAUUAUUUUAGCUACAGAUAUAGCUGAAACUGGUAUUACCAUCCAAGAUAUAAGAUAUGUUAUAGAUACUGCUGUUAAGAGAGAUUUAAGAUGGAAUGAACAGAAGUUUUUAUCUAGUUUAGAGUUUAGUCGAAUAUCACAAGCCAAUAUUUAUCAGAGGAAAGGAAGAGCUGGACGUGUAAGAUUUGGUGAAAGUUAUCACUUAAUUACUAAAAAAGAAUUUAAUGAAUUAGAUCUAUAUCCGAAACCGGAGAUAUUAAAAAUUCCAUUGGAAGAAGCAAUUAUUAUUAGUAAAACAUUAUCUGAUAAGAAAGCAUUGGAUUUCUUUAAUGGUAUGAUUGAUCCACCGGAUACUGGUUCAGUAAUUUCUGCUGUAAAUAAUUUGGAAAUUUCUGGCUUUCUCGAUAAGGAUGAAAAUCUUACAAGUUUGGGCAAACGUGUUUCGUAUAUUUCGUUGCAUCCGAAAUUAAGUAAAGCAGUAGUACUUUCCUGUGUUUUGCAAUGUUUUAGUCCUGUGUUAUCAUUAAUCACUACAAUUUCUACUUUUGGUGGAUUUAAUGUUUCGUUAGAGGAAAAAUUAAGUUCCUCCAGAAUUUUGAAAGAAAACAAGUUGAAAUUUCAUAAAACAAGUGAUCAUAUUAGUAUGUUAGAAUAUUUUUAUUGUAUGGAGCACAGUAAUAAAACUCAGUUUACAAAUAACUCUAAUGUGAUACAAAAGCUGUUUUCGUCACAUGUAAAUGAACUUGUAAGCAGUGCAAUGAUUUCAGACACAUCUAAUUUUGAAUAUUUGGAUGCAUAUUCUGAUAAUAAUGAAUUGAUUCGAGCGAUCUUAUUUGCUGCUACGAAUCAUUUGAUAAAAAGAAAUGCUUAUGGAUUUAAAAACGGAUGUUUCACAAAAAAUGCAAACAUAUUAAUGACUGAGGCUAACAAAGUCAUUAAAAUUAAAAAUGAGAGUGUAAAUUACAAUAGAAAAACAUGGCCAAGUGAGCUUUUGACUUACAUCAAUAAGAUGGAGUUUAGGGAAAGAAAUUGUUCUGUAGUUCUUGAUACUAGUAUGAUAUCACCAUUAUCGGUUCUAUUAUUCAGUGAAGCUGAUGUUGAAUGUGAAAAGAUACAAAACAAUGCUUCCAUCGAAGAAGAACAAAUUUGUAUUAGGAUAAAAAAUAUACGAAAUUUAAAUUUGUUGUGUAAACCCGAAAUCGCGGACAUGCUAUUACAACUUCGAAGUAUGUUGUGGAAUUUUGUGCACUUUAUAAUUAAAUAUGAAGGUGAAAAUGGUUACCAAGAUAAGCUACAGUUAGUUCAACCAUUUAGAGACAAUCUAAUGGUUUUAAUUUCCAAAAUGUUGACGGAAUCGUCACGACAUAUUGACAAUAUAUCAGACGCAAACAAUCAGAUUUAAAAAUAAAAAAUUAGAAAAAUUUAAAGAACGAACAUUUUUGUGACAUCGUAUCACAGAAUCUUUAAUUCUAUGUUAAUAUCUAGAAACAAAAAAAAAAAAACAAAACAAUGGUUCAUUUGUGAAUUUGUAUAUAUUAUUUACUUAUAUGUGAAUAUAAAUAAAUACAUAUAGUGAUAAUA